AAAUACCCGCUCGCCAUGGUCGACCUUCUCCUGGACGUCCACGGCGACGACUCUGGCAUUGGCUACGACAUCGCGUGCAGCUUCAAGGAAACCGUCAAUACGAGCAAGCUCGUCGGGCCGAGGGCCGCGGAGCUUCGCAUGCGGUUCGUGGUAUGUGCUUUCCACGGGUACGCGCACAACCGCCUCUGCCAGCUGCAUAACCAUCCGCUCUACCUCAUCGAAUUCGGCAUCGAAGACCUUGAAGGAAUGGAGCGGGUCUUCUCCGCAUCGAACACUGUUGCGCGACUUAUACGAUACGCCAGCCGCUUCCAUUGGAUGCAGUUCAUCGACUUGCAUUUCCAGCAGUGGGACAAUGACAAGUACACUGAGCUAGGUCGAUUUCUCUUCAAUAACUACAAGCAAUGCCUGAAGAUCAUCAGCGACUACACACUGGAGAUCAACAAACUGAAGUCCGAGCUGGGGAUCUCCGACCAGACCAUUGAGGGAUGGAUCGAGAUGGAGCGCCGCUACCUCAAGGAGUUGAAGGCGCCGCCAGACGUGCGUGUCCUCGAGAUUGCGUAUGUCCGCGCUCUGCUCGAGCGCGACCAAGCUGAG